UCGAAGGCAGCCUUGCAAGUGCCAUGAGGCGCGUAAAGAAGUACCUGUUGAAGGGCCUGCACCGGCUGCAGAAGGGCCCCGGCUACACGUACAAGGAGCUGCUGGUGUGGUACUGCGACAAUACCAACACCCAUGGCCCCAAGCGCAUCAUCUGUGAGGGGCCCAAGAAGAAAGCCAUGUGGUUCCUGCUCACGCUGCUCUUUGCAGCCCUCGUCUGCUGGCAGUGGGGCGUCUUCAUCCAGACCUACCUGAGCUGGGAGGUCAGCGUCUCCCUGUCCGUAGGCUUCAAGACCAUGGACUUCCCCGCCGUCACCAUCUGCAAUGCCAGUCCCUUCCAGUAUUCCAAAGUCAAGCAUUUGCUGAAGGACCUGGAUGACUUGAUGAAAGCAGUCCUGGAGAGGAUCCUGGCUCCUGAGACAAGCCAUGUCAAUGCCACCAGGGCCCUGAACUUCACCAUCUGGAAUCACACACCCCUGGUCCUUAUUGACGAGCGGAAUCCCCACCACCCAAUAGUCCUCGACCUCUUUGACAAUAACCAUACUGGCUCAGCAAACAGCAGCCUCACACCAGGAAAGAUCUGCAAUGCCCAGGGCUGCAAAAUGGCCAUGAGACUAUGCAGCAUCAAUGGGACCAUGUGCACCUUCCGGAAUUUCACCAGCGCCGCCCAGGCCGUGACAGAGUGGUACGCCCUGCAGGCCACCAACAUAUUCUCGCAGGUGCCGCAGCAGGAGCUGGUGCAGAUGGGCUACCCUGCGGAGCGGAUGAUCCUGGCCUGCCUGUUCGGGGCAGAGCCCUGCAGCUACCGGAACUUCACAUCCAUCUUCUACCCUGAUUAUGGCAACUGCUACAUCUUCAAUUGGGGCAUGACGGAGAAGGCGCUCCCUUCAGCCAACCCUGGAACUGAAUUCGGCCUCAAGUUGAUCCUGGACAUAGGCCAGGAAGACUACGUCCCCUUCCUCACAUCCACGGCGGGGGCCCGGCUCAUGCUGCACGAGCAGAGGUCAUACCCCUUCAUCAGAGACGAGGGCAUCUACGCCAUGUCAGGGACGGAGACCUCCAUCGGGGUGCUGGUGGACAAGCUGCAGCGCAAGGGUGAGCCUUAUAGCCGGUGCACCAUGAAUGGCUCCGACGUCCCCGUCCAGAACCUCUACAGCGACUACAACACAACCUACUCCAUCCAGUCCUGCCUUCGCUCCUGCUUCCAAGAGCACAUGAUCCAUAACUGCAGCUGCGGCCACUAUCUGUACCCACUGCCGCAUGGAGAGAAAUACUGCAACGAUCAGGACUUCCCUGACUGGGCUUACUGCUACUCAGACCUUCAGAUGAGUGUGGCCCAGAGAGAGACCUGCAUCAGCAUGUGCAAGGAGUCCUGCAAUGACACCCAGUACAAGAUGACCAUCUCCAUGGCCGACUGGCCUUCUGAGGCCUCUGAGGACUGGAUUUUUCAUGUCUUGUCCCAGGAGCGGGACCAAAGCACCAACAUCACCUUGAGCAGGAAGGGAAUUGUUAAGCUCAACAUCUACUUCCAAGAAUUCAACUAUCGCACCAUUGAAGAGUCAGCAGCCAACAACAUUGUCUGGCUGCUCUCCAAUCUGGGCGGCCAGUUCGGCUUCUGGAUGGGGGGCUCCGUGCUGUGCCUCAUCGAGUUUGCGGAGAUCAUCAUCGACUUCGUGUGGAUCACCAUCAUCAAGCUGGUGGCCUUCGCCAAGAGCCUGAGGCAGCGGCGAGCCCAAGCCCACUACGCUGGCCCGCCGCCCACCGUGGCCGAGCUGGUGGAGGCCCACACCAACUUCGGCUUCCAGCCAGACACAGCCAACCAGAGACCCAACACUGGGGCCUACCUUGAUGAGCAGACCCUGCCCAUCCCAGGCACCCCGCCCCCCAACUAUGACUCCCUGCGUCUGCAGCCCCUUGACGUCAUCGAGUCUGACGGUGAGGGCGAAGCCAUCUAGACCCUGCCCCGCCCACCCCGGGCAGCCCCAGAACUCAAAGCUGAGAAGCUGAGACCAUUGCCCAAGUCCUCAUUUUAUGCCACCCUCUCCAAAGAGCUGGAACAAGAGGUGUCCAAGCCCAAAACCAAUGUCCCUCAACAGAGAGGCCAGCAGCAACUAGCCAGUCCCAGGCCAAGGGCUCAAAAGGUCGUGGUGCUGGAACAAGAUGUGGGGCCUAUGUUCUUACCCAGUUCCCGCACACACCCCCACCUGUCCUGAUCCUUGGCUUGGGAUGUCCCAGCCAGGCUCCAGAGACCCCAGGACACCAUGUCCUGGUGGCAGGCCACUCCCCUCCCCAUGCCAGUCACCAUCUGCCACAGAGGUGAACAGGUGGGCAUGCUAUGAGGUCUGUCCCCCAGGAACAGCAGCCUUUUCCUUCGUGGCCAUGGCUGCCCUCUGAACAGGCUUGCUGAGGGUGGCAGUGGGGAGCAGGAGGGCAUCAGGCAUGGGGGCCCUGCC